GUUAUCCAUGUGUCUAUGUCCAGUCUCCGAAAAACAAACGCUACUUAUUCCUUAUUCUUAUCUCCCUUUCUUUCUCGAACACAUACACUUCGGCGCCGCAAAAGGGCUGUAUUACACGGCAAAGCAUCAUGGGUUUUCCAAUUGGCAAUCAAGAGAAGAAUUUAUUGCCAUGAUAUCUUUCGAGUCGCAGAUAGAGACUGGGGAGCUGAUUUUAGAAAACUAUCUGCUGGUUCAGCUCUAGUUGGUCUUACUUUAUGGCUUGACCACAUGCAGGAUGCCUCGUUGCAAGGCGAUCCAGAGUCACCGAAAUCAGUUGUACUGAUAACAGGAACUGCAGAAUACAACAUGGUAUCACUCAAUAGCACAUUGAAGGCAUGCCUUUGGGAGAUGGGAUCGCCAUUCCUUCCGUGCAAGACAAGACACGGUGUCCUUGUAGCCAAGGCUCACUCCCUAAGAAUGUGGUUGAAAGACUCGCCAUUCUGUUUGGAUCUCGAGCUAAAAGAUGCCCCGGCUCUCCCCGAUCUAAACUCCAUGCGGCUCAUUGAAGGAUGCUUCAUAAGGCGCGGCCUUGUUCCAGCAUUCAAGGACAUUACCUCAAGAUUCAAAGUAGUGAGUCCCAAGAAAUUUUCCAGAUUGGCCUUGUUACCGGACGACAAGAGAGACAAAGCAAUUCAUGCUUAUACUGAUGGAAAGAAAGAGAGAUUGGAGAAAGAGAGACUAAAAGCAAAGCAAAUUGUUGAUCCCAAAAAGCUGAAGAAGAUUAAGAAGAUUAAGCAGAUUAGAAAGAGGAAAUACAUUAGGGAAGCUUUGACACCCAAUUUAAUUGGGAAACAAAGAACUUUCGUUCCUAUUAGUGAAAAACAAACAAUGUAACGCCAAACAUUACUUGUAAUCUUAAAUCUUGUACAAAUAUCCAUUUAGCUAACAUCAACACUAAUUGAAAAUAUUAAUAGCAAUUAAUAAUAAUAAAAAUUUAGAUGAGCA